AUGGUCUCGGACGCAUAUCCGAUACCUCGACUGUGGACGAACCUGAGGACGUGUGCAGGUAGGAACUAUUACGUAACACUAGACAUGAACAAGGGAUUCUGGAACAUCCCGCUCGAAGAGGAGAGUAAGCGGUUCACUGCGUUCAUCACUCCGAGCGGUCUGUUUGAAUUCAACGUGCUACCGUUCGGGAUAAAGAAUUCUCCGACGGCGUUUCAGCGCGCAAUGGAUCACGUGUUCGGAGAUCUCGUUGGCAAGAAUGUGUUUUUAUACAUUGACGACGUGGUUAUCUGUGGUGAUACCAAGGAGGAGGUCCUAACGCUUUUGGAGAAAGUCUUGCAGCGUACGAUCAUCUCUGGAUUCUACCUUCGACUCGACAAGUCGGAGUGGAUGAAGCCAACGGUCGACUAUCUGGGUUAUCAGGUAGGUCGAGACGGGAUCAAGGUACGUAAUAAGUCCGUAAAGAGUGUAACAGAGGCGGCCCCGCCGACGAAUAAGGCUGAACUCCAGAGCUUCCUCGGUUUGGUGGGCUACUUGCGUAGUUUCAUACCGAGGUAUGCGGAACAUACAGCGAGGAUGUGUGAGCUCCUGAAGAAGAACGUCCAGUAUGAAUGGAUAGAUCGACUGCAGCUAGACUUCGACGGUCUCAAGCAAGCAUAUACAAGCCGUAAGUUGUCAGACACAGAGCGAAGGUGGGAUACCCGAGAGAGGGAGCUCUACGCUAUCAAGUACGCGCUAGAGAAAUGGCGAGACUACCUCGGCCUAGAGAAGUUUGUGGUACGGACGGAUCACAACAACCUCAGAUACCUAGCGACGGUCCACACGGGCAAGGUCCAGCGUUGGGCCUUGUACCUAGCGCAAUUUAACUUCGAUAUAGAGUUCCUACAGGGAAGUCAGAAUAACGUUGCCGACUGGCUUAGUAGGUAUGCCGCUCCAGACAUCGACGAGGAUGAUCUGUUAGACACCAUGGGCCUACCGGUCAAGCAGGUGGACAAGAUAGAUGUGGGCAUGGAUCUGCCGAGUUUGGCGGAGGUGAGGCGUGCAGUCCAGGAGGAGGGCCAGCCAGGACACAAAGGUUAUGUAGAGCGCGACGGUAGGAUUGUGGAAGCCGCGACGGGUCGAGGGUACGUGCCCGGGGCUCUACGAGCGAGAGUAAUUCGCGGCUUGCACUACGGACGAGGAGGAGCACACAUGGGUGUGACAAAGACUGUGAGAAGAGUAGCGCAGUACUUUGUGUGGCCGGGCAUGCCGGCUGACGUAGCAGCCUUUGUGAAGUCUUGCUUGAUAUGCGCGCGGCUAAAGCAACCGCGUUCCCCCACGCAUGGAUACGAGGUGGGGCACCUGGACGCUGCGGCGGCCCUGACCUUCGUGAGUCUCGAUCACAUAGGUCCGAUAACGUACGAGAGUGUUCGCUGCCUCAUACUCGUUAUCAUGGAUCACGCCACGAGGUAUAUGGUGGCACGGGUAGUUGCCGACACGACAGCUGAGCUUACCUACAAGGUGUUCAAAGCGUGCUGGCUGGACUACUUCGGAGUGCCGAGGGUGAUGCUUACGGACAAUGGCGGUGCGUUCCGCGGGUCGUUCCACGAGCAGGUGGUCAGCGCUCUGGGUGUGAGUCACCUGUACUGUAGCGCUUACAGGCCACAGGCCAACGGAGUUAAUGAGGCGUCACAUCAGUUCCUUAAGUUAGGAAUGGCAGCACUUUGGCAAGAAGGCAGUCGUGACAUCCCGACGAUCCUAGCGGAGGUGGUGAACGUGUAUAACACCACACCGCACCGAGCUAAAAGGUUGAGUCCUUUUCAGUCACUCUUCGGGUUGGAGCCGAUAGUACCGGGCUGUCAGGAAUGGGCGGAAUGGGACAAAUGUAGUAGCUGCUCUGAGAGACCGGCUGAUUAG